UACCCAUAUGUAUUAUGAUUGUUUUGCUUUUUUGGUUGGAAUUUGAACUCUUGGCAGGAUAACUUGCUGCUUUUUUUUUUCCAGUUAAUAUUUGUCAUCAUGGUUCUUCUUUGGCCUUUUGUAUUCUGAAGUCCCUUUCUUCUUUGAGGGAAAAAAAAGAACAACUUUUUGGAGUUGGUGUGGUUUUAUGGAGUAAUGGAGUAAAGGGUAUUAUUUGCUGUACCCAAAAAGUUUAUCAUUCAUUUACUUUCAAUCAAAAUGAAUACUCAACUUUUUCAUUUGAUUUUUGUAUAUAUAGCUAUUUCAAGAUUCCAUGGAAACUUUGAUCAGAGCAUCAAAUCUAUGUGUAAAUUAUUAUUUUUUAUUUUUUGGAGGUGUUUUUUUGACUAAGUUCUAAGGGCUGACCAAGUGGGCCAGUGUCUUCCAUGAACUUUCUCCUUUUCAUACUAACCAAUCUUCUUGAAUUUUGAACUUAUUUUUGUGUCCAAUAUCCAUAUUUCCCCUUUUUCUCUGGACAUCUUUUAUUUUACGAUAGUAGAGAAGACAGAAAUGAAAUUUGAUCCAGAAGAAGUGAUUGAGGAAUUUGAAGCGUUGACCAAAGAAGCUGGUAAAGUUCAAGAAGAGACUCUUAAAAAGAUACUAGAAGAGAAUGGAGGCACAGUGUAUCUACAACAAUGGGGUCUAAAUGGAAGAAUUGAUCCUGAGGCUUUCAAGGCUUGUGUUCCUCUAGUCACUCACAAAGAUUUAGAGCCUUAUAUUCAAAGAAUUGCUGAUGGGGAUCUUUCCCCUGUUCUCACCGGAAAACCCAUUACAACAAUCUCAUUAAGUUCGGGUACUACUCAGGGAAGGCCAAAGUUUGUACCUUUCAAUGAUGAGUUGAUGGAAUCCACUAUGCAGAUAUACAAAACUUCUUUUGCAUUUAGGAAUAGAGAAUUCCCAAUUGAGAAUGGGAAGGCGUUGCAGUUCAUUUACAGCAGCAAGCAGUUCAAGACAAAGGGAGGUUUGGCAGCUGGAACUGCAACUACCAACGUAUAUCGUAAUGCGCAUUUCAAGAAGACAAUGAAGGCAAUGCAAACCCCAUGUUGUAGCCCUGAUGAAGUUAUAUUUGGUCCUGAUUUCCACCAAUCUUUGUACUGCCAUCUCUUGUGUGGCCUCAUUUUUCGGGACGAAGUGCAAGUGGUCUCCUCUACAUUUGCCCACAGCAUUGUCCAUGCGUUUAGAACUUUCGAACAAGUCUGGGAAGAACUUGUUGUAGACAUAAGAGAGGGAGUCCUGUCUACCCGAGUCACGGUCCCUUCAAUGAGAUCAGCAAUGUUGAAAUUGCUGAAGCCUGAUCUAGAGCAGGCUGAUACCAUUUAUAAUAAGUGUUCUGGAUUAAGCAAUUGGUACGGUUUGAUUCCCGUGCUCUUCCCUAAUGCCAGGUACAUAUAUGGAAUCAUGACAGGGUCCAUGGAACCUUACCUCAAGAAAUUGAGGCAUUAUGCAGGGGACCUACCACUACUGAGUGCAGAUUAUGGUUCUUCUGAAGGAUGGAUUGGUGCAAAUGUCAAUCCUAAGUUGCCCCCUGAGCUAGUUACUUAUGCAGUGCUUCCAAAUAUCGGUUAUUUCGAAUUCAUUCCUCUCAGGGUAACUAUGGAUGGCCUUGAGCCUACACCUGUGGGUCUUGCUGAAGUUAAACUAGGUGAAGAGUAUGAAAUUGUUGUCACCAACUUUGCAGGGUUGUAUCGCUAUAGACUCGGUGAUGUUGUAAAAAUAAAAGGAUUCCACAAUGACACACCAGAGCUCCAGUUCAUUUGUCGCAGAAAUCUUUUGCUAAGCAUAAACAUUGACAAAAAUACUGAGAAAGACUUACAGCUAGCUGUAGAAGCAGCAGCCAGGCUCUUAGUAGAUGAAAAGCUAGAUGUAGUCGAUUUCACAAGCCACGUGAGUUUUGCAACAAAUCCGGGACACUACGUGGUUUUCUGGGAACUCAGUGGUGAAGCCAGUGAUGAAACAUUGCAAGAAUGCUGUAAUUGUUUGGACAAAUCGUUUGUUGAUGCAGGCUACGUGGGGUCUCGGAAGGUGAAUGUAAUUGGAGCACUUGAGCUUAGAGUUGUGAAGAAGGGGACUUUUCAUAAGAUAUUAGAUCAUUUUGUAGGAUUAGGGGGUGCUGUUAGCCAGUUCAAGACUCCAAGAUGUGUUGGUCAGAACAACAGCAGACUGUUACAGAUCCUAUGUUAUGAUGUUGUCAAGAGCUAUUUUAGUACUGCCUACUGUUGAUGUUGAACUUAGAUGCACCCUUAAUAAAUGUACAAAGUUGAAGAGUUGUAUGGAAAAGUUGAUGUAUUGUUAUUGUUGCUCUUUAAUUUGCA